GAAUUUAGCCACAAAUCCAACCGAAAUACGGCCUUGAAAACUAUUUGAAACCGAGAUUCGAUUGGGCAAAGUUCAAAACAAUCUAAACAACAACCAACACACACAAUGGCCCUUUUCAAUCGCCUUCUCCCAAAAUUAUCCAAAUGCGUCCACGGGAGAGGAAUAGCCUCCCUCAGCGCCCUGCCAGAGACCCACCAGAUGCUUCAGAGCACAUGCAGGGACUUCGCUGAAGGUGAACUCAAACCGAUUGCCAGCAAAAUUGACCGGGAGCACUUGUACCCUGGAGACCAGAUAAAAAAAAUGGGCGAGUUGGGUCUUAUGGCCAUCAGCGUGCCCGAGGAGCUGGGUGGCACCGGCCUGGAUUACCUCGCCUACGCCAUAGCCCUCGAGGAGAUAUCCAGAGGGUGUGCGAGCGCCGGCGUCAUUAUGUCGGUUAAUAAUUCGUUGUACCUGGGGCCGAUAUUGGAGUGGGGCUCCAAGGAGCAGAAGGAGCAGUUCAUUCGUCCUUUCACUGACGGUUUGAAGGUCGGAUGUUUUGCUUUGUCGGAGCCUGGUAACGGUUCUGACGCUGGGGCGGCUUCAACCACUGCCACUCUGGAGGGCUCAAGCUAUGUGUUGAAUGGUACCAAAUCCUGGAUCACCAAUGGGUAUGAAAGUGAAGCUUCUGUGGUACUUGCAACAACUGACAAGAAACUCAAGCACAAAGGCAUCUCAGCAAUUCUGGUACCAAAACCAGUAGCUGGUCUUGAGCUAGGCAAAAAGGAAGACAAAUUGGGCAUUAGGGGAUCAUCCACUUGUUCACUAAUUUUCGAAAACUGCAAAGUACCUAAGGAAAACGUAUUAGGUGAACUUGGAUUUGGAUUCAAGAUCGCCAUGAAGACCCUGGAUGCUGGAAGGAUCGGAAUAGCCAGCCAGGCACUGGGCAUAGCCCAGGCGUCGCUUGAGGUGGCGGCUGAAUACGCCUCCAAACGUACCGCCUUCGGCAAACCCCUCACCAAGCUGCAGACCAUCCAAAACAAGUUGGCUGACAUGGCCCUGCAGCUGGAGUCGGCCCGUUUGUUGACCUGGAGGGCCGCCUGGCUUAAGGACAACAAAAAACCGUACACCAAAGAGGCGGCGAUGGCCAAACUGGCCGCCAGCGAGGCCGCCACCUUCCUGAGCCACCAGUGCAUACAAAUUUUGGGUGGAAUGGGGUACGUGACUGACAUGCCGGCAGAAAGGCACUACAGGGACGCCAGGAUCACCGAAAUCUAUGAGGGUACGUCGGAAAUUCAAAGACUGGUUAUUGCGGGCAAUUUGAUUAAGGAGAUGGGCUUGUAAAUUGUGUUAUGGGUCUCCAGCAUUUAUAUUAUUGUGUGCCUUAUUUAUGUCUGAUGAUAUUUUUAUAGACUACGUUUAAAUAUUAAAUUUUACUCACCAAAUGUUGAUGAAAUAUAUUUAUAUAAGAUUUUA